UUAAAAAAGAAAAAGCAAAAAGCAAAAACCCUAACCCCUAGUGCAAAAUUUUCUCAUUUUCUCUGUGUUUCCCCGGUGAAAAUCGCAGGCAUUUCUUCUCAUCUCCAAUCCAAUGAAUCGAUAACAAAAGAACCAACAACAACAACAAUGGCCACCAAAUCACGGCAGUUCUCAUGGUCACGCGUCCUUCUCCACUAUCAGGCCCUGAGGAGACCCACCAAACAUCCACUACACUACUCUCGGAAAAUCUCCACUUUCCCACACUUUCCCACCUCCCAAACACCGCAUUUCUCAUUUCUAACCAAGACCCAUUACUCCACUGCAUCAAACAGGGUGGCCCAGGAUCUUCUGGCCGAGGUGGAGAGAGAGAGGCAGAGAGAAAGACAGCAGAGGAAAAGGACUGGCUUGGACACCAAAGACAUCGACGCUGAGGAUGAGGAGGACUACAUGGGGGUUGCUCCAUUGAUAGAGAAGCUUGAGAAGGAGAAGCUCAAGGACACUGGGGACUUGAACCAGUACGAAGAGCGUACGGACUCCGAUAGUGACGAUGACGACGAGCGUUUUAGCGGUGAUGCCAUGAAGAAGAGGCGGGACGAGUUCGAGAGGAAGUUCAAGCGGCACGAGGAGUUUCUCAAGAACUUUACCGAGGCUGAAACACUUGAUGAUGCCUUCAAAUGGAUGAAUAAAAUAGACAAGUUUGAGCAAAAGCAUUUCCAACUUCAGCUCGAGUAUCGGGUCAUUGGUGAGUUGAUGAACCGUUUGAAAGUAGCAGAGGGAAAGGAUAAAUUCAUUCUUCAGCAUAAAUUAAAUAGGGCCAUGAGGUUAGUGGAGUGGAAGGAAGCUUAUGAUCCUAAGAAUCCUGCCAACUUCGGAGUUAUUCAGCAUGAACAAGUUGGGGCGUCUGCUGAACUUUUGGAGCAUACUGGAUUUGAAAAGGCAAAGCAAAUGAUUCAAGGGGAUGACGAUGAUGUUGAAGAGUUUGAUGACAUGAAAGAGAGGGAUGACAUACUGUUAGAGAAGCUUAAUGCCAUUGACAAAAAACUUGAAGAGAAGCUGGCUGAGUUGGAUCAUACAUUUGGAAAGAAGGGUAAGAUUUUAGAGGAAGAAAUCAGAGAUCUUGCUGAGGAGAGAAAUGAGUUGACAGAGAAGAAAAGAAGACCUCUUUACAGGAAAGGUUUUGAUGUGAAAUUGAUUGAUGUAAAUCGAACCUGUAAAGUUACAAAGGGUGGGCAAGUGGUCAAAUACACUGCUAUUUUAGCUUGUGGAAACUAUCAUGGUGUUGUUGGUUAUGCUAAAGCCAAAGGCCCUGCAAUUCCUAUUGCUCUUCAAAAGGCAUAUGAGAAAUGCUUUCAGAAUCUUCACUAUGUGGAACGGCAUGAGGAGCAUACAAUUGCGCAUGCAAUUCAAACAACAUAUAAAAAGACCAAGGUGUAUCUUUGGCCUGCACCCACCAGGACAGGAAUGAAAGCGGGGAAAACUGUCCAAACCAUUUUGAAUUUGGCUGGUUUUAAAAAUAUAAAGUCCAAGGUCGUUGGUUCAAGGAAUCCUCACAACACUGUUAAGGUUCUCUUCAAAGCUCUUAAUGCAAUUGAAACUCCAAAGGAUGUCCAAGAAAAGUUUGGACGGACUGUUGUUGAGAAGUACUUGCUGUGAUAGGUUUGCUUUUUUAAGAUCCACUGCAAUGCUUCCAGUUGUGCACUUAUGUCUCCUUGAAUGUCAAAGAAGGUUGCAUCCCUUAACAAAUUAGAUGAUGAAUAUGCAGAUUUUGUUACAUGUUAAUUGCCUUUUACCCUUGUA